UAACAGUGCUGACGACCAGYUGUGAAACAUGACUGUGAACGGUAAAUCAGCCAAAUAUGAACUACACAACGGAGAACAAGACGAAAAACCUGAACUACAAAACCAACCACCAUUAAAUUCAAGAUUUCAGCAUUCAAGAUGGACUUUCUGGUUGGUUUAUUCGACUGCAGUUUGUGUUCUUGGCUCUUCUUUGCAGUUUGGGUUUAACACGUCGUGUAUAAACGCCCCCGAGGAGGAUAUCAAGGGGUAUUUUCGUCAACAUGGCUCRUUCUCUGACUUCCAGUGGUCUGUAAUAGUAGCCAUAUUUGCUGUUGGUGGAAUGAUAGGUGCUCUGCUUGGUCCYCAUAUUGCUGACAAGUUUGGCAGAAAAAUGGCAAUYAUGGCAAACAACAUACCCGCAAUACUCGCUGCGCUGUUGAUGUCUCUGUCAUAUGUUGCCAAAGCCCCAUCUCUUCUGAUUAUUGGCCGAUUUAUAUGUGGAUUCAGCAGCGGUGUAAUCACAGCAAUCAUCCCUAUGUACCUAUCAGAAAUAGCCCCUGUCAAGCUGCGAGGUUCCCUAGGGACUUUAAAUCAGUUUGGUAUCGUGACGGGUCUUCUUCUAGGAUUCAUUACUGGGCUUAAGCAGGCUUUGGGUUCAGGGAACCGCUGGCCUUAUAUUCUWGGAUUCAGUAUCAUACCAGCUGCCCUGCAGGUUAUUGCUCUUCCUUGGUGUCCAAAGAGUCCAAGAUAUCUUCUGCUGRCGUUGAAUAAAGAAACUGAGGCUGUAAAAGCGCUCAAAGUGUUGCGAAAUUCUGAUGACGUCAGCAGCGACAUCCAGGAUAUGCAGAUCGAACAAGAAAGGGAAGCGAAAGAAGAGAAAGUGAGCGUGUGGCAGUUGUUCAAGCGUCGUGAUCUCCAGAUGCCUCUCUUGAUCGGCGUCGUCAUGCAGAUGUCACAACAGCUGGGAGGAAUCAAUGCGGUGUUUUAUUAUUCCACGGGAAUAUUCGAGAAAGUAGGAGUUCCAGAGAGUCGAGUAGCUACGUGUGGCAUMGGUGUUGUUGGAGUCGUGUGUACGGGAUUGAUUGUCAAGCUAGUAGAGGUUCUUGGUAGAAGGACCUUGAUGGUGAUUGGUUUAGGAGGCAUGUUCAUAUUUUACGCCGUAAUGACUAUAGCUUUCUGUUACAGUUCAUUAGAAGGCACAGAAUACGUGGCUGUCAUAGCAACCAUGGCUCUUGUUUUGUUCUUCUUCAUCGGACCAGGUGCAAUCCCAUGGUUCAUCACGGCGGAGAUGUUUUCUCAAGGUCCUCGUCCUUCAGCCUGUGCUGUUGCUGCUACAGUCAACUGGAUCGCUAACUUUGUUAUCGGAAUCGCUUUCCCUUCAUUGCAGGAAGCAUUGUAUCCAUACACAUUCCUGGURUUCAUGGCUCUUGUUGCUUGCUUCUGGAUAUUCACGUUCUUAUUCGUCCCAGAAACCAAGGGACGGACYAUUGAAGAGAUCACGGGACAUUUUAGAAGUGGUGGCAAUUCUAGGUUCGUUUUAUAUCGAGGACUGCGACGAACGAACCAAGAUGGUGCCGAGGUAGUUCGAUUAUGAACAAUCCCGAUUAUCAUAUUCUCAUCAAAUCUCACCAACAAUGUGUUGGUUGGUUUCUCAAAUGUAAGAUGAAAUUUGACUCUCAAUAUGCAUGGAUAUUAUUUAUARACCCCUUGCAUGUGACGUCRAAGCAGCUCGAUCUGGGGGACAGAACAAAAAAAUUYCAAUCUCCUGGGAAUUGGAACCUAUUGUUUUGUCCCCCAAAUUGAGCUGCAUUCCAAAGUGCUGCAUGUCAUUCAAU